GGAGGUUUGACUUGAGUGGGUUGAACUGACAAAAAGGUUCGCUUUUACUUAGUCGAUCUUGCGCACCGUGCUCAGUCCAUGGGAUCACUGUGGGGAAACAACUCAGCCACUGGGAAAUACACUAAAAGGUUUCUUACUUAACAAAUUGUGCCAGUAUAAAAGGUUGACACUUGUAAAGAAUAUUCGCAUUGAUGACGACUACUAUUAAGGAGUUUCAUGAUUGGGGCCAAGGACAUUCUCAGAAUAUCAUGUGGCAUUGAGGAUUAUUUGAUUUGAGCGUCUGCAAUGACAACCCAUCAAGCGUUUAGGAUUACCAUUGCCAGCUGUGCCUUGACUCACCAGCGCAACUCAAUGGUCUAAAAUCUUGAACUAAAGAAUUUGGGGGAUUUCAUUAAAAACAGAACCAUGGGUGACUCCAUGUAUUCUGACUUGAUAGCCAGACACUACAACUUCACAGGGAAGCUCCGGAAAGUGGAGCAGGAUUCCAGGCUCAAAGCGGACUCUGUGGUUUUCAUCAUUGUAUGUUGCUUCAUUAUUCUUGAGAAUGUCUUGGUCCUGCUUACUAUUUGGAGGACCAAGAAGUUCCACAAGCCCAUGUACUACUUUAUUGGGAACUUAGCUCUAUCAGACUUGCUGGCUGGGGUGGUGUACACUGCCAACAUCCUGCUGUCAGGUGCCAACACAUACAAACUGACCCCCACACAGUGGUUCUUCCGGGAGGGUAGUAUGUUUGUGGCCCUGGCAGCCUCAGUCUUCAGCCUGUUGGCCAUCGCCAUCGAGCGCCACCUCACCAUGCUGAAGAUGAAGUUGCACAACAAUGGCAACACGUGCCGUGUCUUCAUGCUCAUCAGCACCGUGUGGCUGAUUGCAGCCAUCUUGGGCGGCCUGCCCAUCAUGGGCUGGAACUGCAUCCAGAGCAUGCCCAGCUGCUCCACCGUACUGCCACUCUACCACAAGACCUACAUCCUGUUCUGCACCACCGUCUUCAGCGUCAUCCUCAUGGCCAUCGUGGUGCUGUACGCGCGCAUCUACGCCCUGGUGCGCACCCGCAGCCGCAAGAUGGUGUUCCGCAAGGUCUCCAACGGCCGCGGUGGGGGUAGCGCUAGCAGCAAGAGCUCAGAGAAGUCCAUGGCCCUGCUGAAGACCGUGAUCAUCGUGCUGAGCUGUUUCAUCGCCUGCUGGGCUCCACUCUUCAUCCUUCUGUUGCUGGACGUGGCCUGCGACAUCCGCAUGUGCCCCAUCCUGUACAAGGCCGAGUGGUUCCUGGCCUUGGCCGUGCUUAACUCGGCCAUGAAUCCCCUCAUCUACACACUCACCAGCAACGAGAUGCGUCGCGCCUUCCUCAAAACGCUCCUGUGCUGCAGCAUCUGCACCCGGCCCUCCGGCAAGUUCUCCCAGCCCAUUAUUGGUGCAGAGUUCAGCCGGAGCAAGUCGGACAACUCGUCCCACCCCAAUAAGGAUGAGCCGGAGUACUUGCCAAGGGAGGCCAUCGUAUCCUCUGGGAAUAUCACCUCCUCUUCUUAAAGAACCUUCUGGACUGUUGUGUGAAAAGUAGCUCCACUGCUUAGGAAAAGUGGAUGUAUAUAUGUUUUUGUGCAGUGUGCAAGUGUGUGUACAUUAUGUAUAUAAAUGUGUAUACGUUGUGUGUGUGUGGUUUUGUUGCCCUGUGGAUGUGUGUAUGUACAGUAUGUCAGUUUGUACAGUAAGUUGCCUCUUCAGAUUCCAUUUGUUUUAUCACUUCUCAAAGUGUCUGUCCAUGUCAGAGAGUAGAGAUGUAGAGUUGUUUGGUUUGUUUUCUUCUCCUCUUAAAAGACAAUGUCAUAGGGAAGCACAUACAGUAUAGCAGCUAAACUAUAAACCUGAUUUACAGUAUAGCACCUAAAUUGUAAACCUGAUUUACAGUGUAGCACCUAAACCUAAUUUACAGUAUAGUACCUAAAUUGUAAACCUGAUUUACAGUAUAGCACCUAAAUUGUAAACCUGGUUUACAGUAUUAUGAGAAGACGUUUUUGUCGAAGGUAUUUGUUGUAUUUAGUACAGCACUUGUUGUAAAAGUGCUAAAUAAGAACCAUCAACCCAUUAUAGGCGUUUACUGAUUCUCUAUAAUGGGUGUUGAUGGAAGAGUAAAAAUUGUUUGUAGUGCUUAUUGUUCUUAUUGAAAUAUUUAAGAAAUACAAUGAAUGAAGUGCUUGUGUAUCUUCGACUUAACUCUGAAGGCUAGUACAAUGUCAAUUCUACCCCCUGAUUGAAAAUGUAUUUUGUACUUGUAAUUUGUUUUAUUUCACUCUUAUUGGAUAAAGUUAUCUUUGUAGCAAAGCAAUGUAGUUGCAAUAAUAAUUUAUAUUCAAAACAGUGAAAAAGGCGUUUGGUUUGUGUGACAAAUCUUUUUUAUCCAGUUAUGAUUUUAUUGUCCUUUCUGUUUCGCUUUGAGAUGAAUAUACUGUAGCUCCAGCCAUUCAACAUAUUUGUCUGUCCCUCAGUUACCACUCUCAAAAAAACCUUUCAACUCUCUUGUGAAAACCAGCAUGCCCCAGUAGUAGGGAAGGUCAUGAGGUUGAAAACAAAAAAAGAUUGAAGUCAAAGGAUAACCAAUAGCACUGGUCCAUUCCUGAAAGUACCGACCCCAAUAAUUACUUACAUUUUCAUAAUGGAACAAGUUAAUGACAAUGGGCACACAUCACCAAUAUCUCACUGGAAUCCUCCCAUAUAGAUUUGUUGUUGAGAGUACCGUUAAACACCCAUGGACAAGUACAAUAACGCUUUUCAAGGGUCACGUAAUCACAGUUUGCCAAAUCCCAUGUGGACCUAAGUCAUAUUUUGCACGUGUUUUGGUUAGCUCUUAAUAAAUAUUGGAAAUAAAAAAUUGUAUUGUU